UAUAAUGUUAAUGUAUAAACUCUAUCCAAAAAAUUGACAAUUCAUGCAUACAAAAUUACAAAAUCAAGCAAUAUUCAAAUUAGAACAAUGUUAUUGCGGCAAUUAUCGUGCCAUUAUCGAACUAUUUUGAUACAUUUAAUAUUUGAAAGAAUGUAUUAAAACGUUCUAGUGAUGUGUGCUCAGCACGCAUAUAAACUUAAUUAUACCCAAAGAUGUAUAAAUCCAUGGAUGGAGAUGAUUUGGCUUAUCAUCAGGCCAAAAAGGCACGGAAUUGUUGUUGCCGACAUGUUGUAACCAUUCUUGUUUGUUUUGGACUGUUUUUUGUCAUUGGUGGUAUUGUAUGUGCGGUCACGAACGUUUUCGAAGAUUGGGUGAAAGAUGAAAUUAGAGAUGGUGUUAAGCUGAAAGAGGGUAACGAGGUUUAUGAUAAAUGGAGGGAUCCAGAAAACCCAACAUAUUUGACAUAUUAUAUGUUCAAUGUGACCAAUCCAGAUAAUGUUAGCAAAGGUGGAAUACCAAUUGUUCAUCAGUGUGGACCAUAUACAUACAGAUUGGUGCCCAACAUCACUGUUAUAGGCCGGAACAAGUACGCAAGCAGCAGUAUCACAUAUUUAAGCCAAAAGCAUCAUAUUUUUGAAAGAAAAUUAUCUUGCAAGAAUUGUGAUCCAUCUCGUGAUUUUAUUACAAAUGCUAACAUUCCAUUUAUGACAACUGUGGAAAUGGUUGUGAAAUACAUCAAGUUGAAAGACCCAAAAAGUCUUUCAUAUGCUCUUCGUGUGUUGGAUCAGGUGUUUGUUAAGCUUGAUUUACAAGAUUUCCACACACAUGCUGUUCAUGAGCUGUUGUGGGGAUACAAAGAUGACAAAUUAAAUGAAGCCCAUGGUAUCUUGACUCGCUUGGUGAAGUCUCGUGACCCUACAUUUAAUAUAGAUCUUCCAACAACAUUUGCAUUGCAGGAGAACAAAUCGCUCAACAUGUACACAAUUGAUUCAGGAGUUGACGAUGUAGACAAUGUAGGAGAGUAUUUACUGUGGAAUAAGCACCCAAAUAUUACUUGUUGGAAUGAUAAAUAUGCAAACAUGAUGAAUGGAUCUGGGGGAUUACAUUACAAACCUUUUCUGUCAAAAGAUGACACUAUAUAUGCACUUGUCACGCCUGUUUACAGAUCGUUCACAUUGAUAUACGAUUCGACCGUGGAAUACAGAGGAAUACAUCUGUAUCGAUUUGCUCUAACUCCAGAGCAGUUCGUGUCUGGUGACGUGGAUGGAAACAACAAGGGAUUCUGUCCAAAAGGAAAGAAAUGUCCCCCAAGUGGUAUAAUGGAUCUUACCCACUGCGAUCCUUCACAUGCUCCAGUUGUUGCAUCCCUACCUCAUUUUUACAUGGGGAAUAAAAGUUUAUUGCGUACUGUGAAAGGUUUACACCCGCAGAAAUAUGUUCAUGGCACAUUUUUAGACAUUGAACCGCAUACUGGCUUAACAAUGCGUGGACAUAGGAGAAUGCAAAUAAAUGCCAAAUUACGUAAAAUUGAAGGCAUAACAGCCUUCCAAAACACAUCAAAAGUGUAUUUACCUGUGUUUUACGGCGACAAGCACGCUCAUAUUUCUGAAGAGGAUGCUGACGAUUUCAAACAUGACGUUCUUUUACCGCUGAGAUUCUCUCAAGCUGCACCGUUUGCUUUGUUGGGACUCGGCAGUAUUUUGUUGCUCGUUGCUGGAGUCAUUUCCUUUCGUCGACACCAUAGAAGGUACAAUACUUGCAACCUCCUCAAGCACCCCCGUCCCCCGCAUACUUUCUCAGCGAAGUACUUCAAAGAGCCUGGGAAAAAGGAUGGAACGAGUGACGAGCGUCUCCCCUUAGUCUUGAGCUCGGGCAACAGUUUUUCAGAAUAUACGUGAUUCGAUGACCCAAAUGUGGCUUAUAUUAUCCUGGAUACGUAUUUUACCAAGAUCCGAUGGGGACGUAAUACACAUAGGACUCAAUACUCAGAUAUACAGUUUUUUGUAACCCUCCAAUCCCGAGAAAGCAGGCAGUAUAGUCUGUACCAACCAUGCAAGCACUAUAUAGUCUGUACCAACCAUGCAGGCACUAUAUAGUCUAUACCAACCAUACAGGCACUAUAGUCUAUAGUCACAUAUUAAGCCAAAGCAGUAAUUAAGAUUUUGCGUUCGUGUUCGCUGUAAAAUUUCAUGCAUUAACCGCAACGAGAGCUUCGAAUGUAGCCGUUGAAAAGCACGUGAAGUGUUAAUUCUCUGUUUUGGUAAAUAUGUGACCCUGUCCAUUUGUAAGCAUAUGUGAAAUUUUGCGUUUAAGCACUUUGCAUAAAUGUUACUGGAUUUCAACGUUUGCGUAUAUUUGAAUAUUUGGGAGGUCAUGUAAAACACGACUCUAAAUCUUUC